AUGUCCUCGAUAGUAAUAUCCGUGUUCAAAUCCACCAUCGGUUUGCUAGCCAGCAAAGGCAGAGAUAAGGUCGCAGAGAUUCUGAAAGAUGGCGAUGUAACAGAUCAAAAAUUCCACUCCCUGAUCGUCAAUGAAAUCGAAGACAUCAAGUCAAAGUUGGACGCGUUAUCGAGGAAGGAUUUAGAAGCGAGUAUCAGUUUCUUUAGGGAAGGAAUUGCGUUGUUGUAUGAAGUGUUUAAGAUAGCAAACGUAAGAGGCGAGUGUGGCGCGGUAACAGCACCAGCAGCGGCCUCCAAUGAAGCAUUUCUUCUAAUUGAAGGAAUCAAAAGGUUAGAGCUUACUGGCCUGGAUGAAUCUGCUACAAGAAAGCUUUCCACUGCAAAGAAGAGAUUUGAAGAUGCUCGAAGAGAAGCGACGAGGGCCUUUAAAAACGAAGGCCUUAAAACAUCUGACCGCAUUCUGGCCAUGAAGUAUCGAGUAAUGGCGACCAUAUUAGAGACAAUAGACAAUCCCGCUAAUGCACUGGCACCAUGCAGAGUGUGUGUUGAGGAACUAAACUCUCUGCCAGCAGUACAGAAUAACUUUUAUGUUCAGCUCAAGAAAGGCAUUCAGGCAGUGAGAGGUUUGUUCAAUAAAGAGGAAAGAAGGGAAAUCAUCUCCACUGUCUGUCACGUGAAUCGUGUCAUCUACGAUGUCACGCGAACAUUCGGUGGAGAUACACGCUUUUGGAUCUGGCCCACUGUUGAUACUGGAGACAACAAAAUCAAUCCAUUGUAUGACGCAAGAGUAACCGAAGUACUUCUUCAACAAGGCAUGGAGCAUUGUUGUGUAACACCAUGGUCAUUUGGUCAGAAGGGUGAGGAUGAACACAAGCUGAAGGUCCCGAAAGGUAUCGCUACCAACUCCAGCGGAGAACUCAUUGUUGGGGAAUUUGAAGAUCGUUGUGUGAAGGUGUUUGACAGAAAUGGUACGUUUGUGAAACAUAUCAGUCUCCCUACCGAUAACAUAGAUAAAGAAUCUUUUGUUGUAGAUAUAACCACAGACAUGUACGACAAUAUCUUUGUGCUGACCAGACUGGAGACGCGUUGGCGAGAGUUAUCUUCCUGGGUUUAUAAACUUACUGAAACCGCUAACCUGCAUCACAAGUUUCGUCUGAGGGGGGAGGAAUACGAUGGGUAUAGCGGACUGUCAGUCAGUGAUAAAGGGAAAGUACUGACACUGAGGUUCUGGGGAGCAGUGGAGGAAUAUGACAGUAAUGGAAAGUUUGUUCGCAGUUUUGGAGAAGAAAUAUUGAAGUAUACGAAGGAUAUUACUGUUGCUAAUGAUGGCCGUGUUUUAGUAUUGGAUAGUGAUAAGAAGUUCUACUAUCAUAAAGGAUAUUACUUUGUUCACAUAUUCAGUGAACACGGCGACCAUCUGAACAAGUUUAAACUGCAAAGAAAUCACUCUUAUGACAAAUGCAUUGCAUUUCACCCAGGAGGUGAACAUUUCGUCGUCGCUGGUAAGGAGUGCGGGAGCAAGUUCCUGGAGGUUAAAAUAUACAGCAAAGAUGGUGAGUUUGUUCGUAGUGUACAAAUCCAAAAUUGUAAAACGAACAUGGAAGUAAGAGGGAUUACACUGAAUAAUGACAGACGCAUUGCUGUUGUUACAAGCAAUAGUUAUGGAUUUCGUCCUCCCAUUACUAUUGUUAUAAACAGUGAAAUAUUCGUUUUAUAA